AGGACUGACAUGCCAGCAAGUGAGGCACAGGCUGUAUAUCUUCUGUCGUCCCAUCAAAGACACGCUGCGACUCAUGAGCAUCUAAAUAUAGACUGAGGCACUGAGCGACUGCACUGAGCUGUCUGUCGACACCCACCGCGUGUCCAGACUGACUACCACCGCCAGACACACAACUGUGUAAUGAAGCAUCCAUAACAAGCUAUCGAAGUCAGCACACUCAAAAUAUUUUAUCUCUCCUCGCGGAUGGUGUCGCCCGCUGGCAGGCAUUCCACAAGCGACAGUGCAGGGCGAGCAGACGACAGCCUGACGUGUCAUGACACUGAGGCCAGUGCUGACGCACGCAGGGUGAAGCUCUCGACAGCUCAGAUCAGCAUGGAGCAUGCAAGCCCACUCACGAGCUAGGUAAAAGUGGAAGUCCGAUACACGGGUGUCAGCCAUGACAGGUCUAUUUGAGCGAGUGGACCAGACGCCUCGUGUCGAGACAGAUGGAUUUGAGCAUCUGAACAACUUCAUCGUCUUCAACAAUGGCCGCGACGUCCUGGUUCGAGGAAUUUCCUCGCAAGAGAGCUUAACAUCAAACCUCAUCCAGUGCUCGAGGAUGCCUCUCUCAGAUUCCUGCCGAUACUACACGAUGAAAGUGGAGACGUUGGAAACAGACAAUUUUCUAAUGUUCGGCCUUACCAACAAGUGUCUUCCUGGGGCACCAAUGUGGACCGUUGACCGGUCUGUCCGUUACCAUAGUAACGACGGUGGUGUUUUUAACGGCGACCUCGGAAUCCAUACCUACCAUUCGUACAAUGAAGGUGACACAGUGACAUGCAGACUGGACUACACUGGGUCAGACCGGAGUCUCAUCAACUUCAUGCUCAAUGACUGCUUCGUGUACAGACAGUGGGUUAACCUACCCCCGGAUCAACUGUACGCUACCAUCGGUGUCUCAAGGGGUAGGGCAGAACUGACUGUAGAGUGGCCAGAGCCAGAUAAAGGAGACAUACCCAUCAAAAAUGACUUGCCCUCCAACUGGUUUGGCUGGAAAGGAAUUGGCAGGGACGAUGAGGCCUCAACAUUCGUCUUGGCAAACAUAGACUCCACCACUCAGAGAGAGGCAUUCAAUGUGCAGUGUCCACUGGCCUUGACCAGAGAUUUCACUUACUUUGAAGUGGAAAUAUUAAGGAAAGCCUCAACUACAGAAUCGGAGGGCCACGGAAUAGGACUUGUGUCUGGAAAUUGUGAAGCAUUUGUCUACCCUGGGUGGACCACAAAUUCCAUAGGUUAUCACAACGAUGAUGGAGGUCUGUACGUCAACGGCGAUAAAGUGACAGUUGCAACUGACGACGAUCUGACAUGUAAGGAAGGCGACAGAAUGGGCUGUGGAGUUAUCUUUCCGCGCGAUGUUCAAGACGAGGACAUGCGAGAGCCCAUCUUGGUGCUUAUUUACUUCACGAAGAACGGACAGCUCGCGCACAAGACGCGCAUGCGUCAGCCGAGAGGCGGCUUCUUCCCCUGCAUAGCCUUCUGUCACAUAGGGGACGAGAUCCGACUGGACGUGAAGUGCGAGCCGCCUGCGCUGACCUCCGACCUACACCCUUUGCUGACCACAUGCGAGGCGUGCGCCGACUACCGCUGCACCGAGGUCUUCCUGCUGCGCGACUUGACGCACAACUCCGCCACAGUCCGCCUCGACACCGACCACGACCAGGCCCAGCUGCUGCAGUACCGAGCGGAGCCGCUCCGCAACCUCGGGGACGCCUUCUACAUCAGCGUCACCGACUUCGGUGUCACCACAGAGAUUCAGAUGGGGGUCUCCACGGAAGGCUUCAAGCUGGAAGGAGAAUUUCUAGGGUCAGAACCGACAUCUUGUGGGUACAUGCUGAAACUGGGUACAGUUGUGUCCAAAGACGGCAUGAGAGCAGUGACAAAAUGGAAUCCAAACGAAAAUCAAAUCAUUGGCUGCUACCUUGAUUACAUUGAUGAUGGUGGGGCGGUGCUGUGCUUCACGAUAGAUGAUCGUUUGAUUGGCCGAGGUGUGGUUGCCAGGGCAACAGGUCUCAACAGUGCCUUGUAUGCCUCCAUCGUGAUAUCUGCUGGACCCGCCGAGAUCAAAGUAAACUGGUCAGGGAUCCUCAAUUCGACUACACUGAAGAGAGAGCAGAGGAAGGCAGAGGACUGGCUGCGGUCAUCUGUAAUCAGGGGACAAAAUUUCAGGCUGGAAAGAAGGCCCUCGGAGGGUUAUGCUUUUGCUGCCUCGGCGCAGGAUUGUCUGCCGCUUGUCAUAGGUUCCUCCAUGUUUAGCGUGCGCCUGCUAGGCGGCAAGGAGCUGCCAGCCGUUGGCGUGAGUCGCGCGACCACUGACGUCAACAACGUGCUGGGGUCGGACAGCGGCGAGAUCUGCUUCCACCCGACCUCCAGGAGCACACUGUCCAACAAUGAGAACAGAAGGGUGGCCAACGCCCCAGAGAUCCGUGUGGGGACACGCUGCAGUGUGCCGUGGUGUUCUUGCGGCCCGCUGACCGUGUUGAACAGAAGGUGAUUGUCAUCUUCGCUGUCAACGGUGUCAUCUUUCACGAGUGUCGUCUACAGGCCUCGUACGGAGGACUUUAUCCCACCGUAGCCUUCUCCUCCUCCGGGGGCGAAGUGGAAAUUCUUUCAAAUAAAACCAUCCUGCCCAUUCCUGACACAAUUCGUGACAAGUGGCUGAACCAGAGAGUAGAUGAUACCACCGACAAUGUUGCCGUUAGUCCAGUAAGUGUUUGUGAAGUGCUGCCAAA